CUUCGCCCCUGUUUUCCCCAUCAAUGCUUAGCUUGGAAGCUUCGACGAGGCGAACUGUUUGUUCUUCGCAGAAGGAAGGGAGAGAGAGAUCAAUCAACCAAUCACCCCAACCUCCGAAACCUCCCUCCACCAGAAGCUUAACCACCAUUUGCGAUUCCUAAUUCGGGAAAUCCCGAUCAGGUAGAACUGUCCUUCUCCUGGUCGAGUUAAGGGCGGUAGACUCUGUUUGUAACUUCGGAGCACAGAGCGCAAUGCAGAAAAUGGCACAUAGUUGGUUCUCAGGUACCGUUAGCGAAGACCAACAGCUGCCACAGCAGCAGAACACAUCGUCGUCUCUCUUGGCUGACUGGAAUUCUUACGCCUCGUCCAGAAACGCCAACGAUGAAGGCAGCGGAAUGAGUCUCGGGUUCGAUCUUGAAUCCGCCGUUCGGUCCGCCAACGAAACAGUUUCGGGAACCUUCAAUGUAGGCUUACAUUUUCAUUGGCGUUCCUAGGCAGUAUGGCAGGUACCAUAUAUGUCUCCAUGGUUCAGCUACGUUCUUUCAGUACUCUUCUCUGUGAUACAGUGGACCAAACAAACACCUCAACCGAUCCAGGAGAGAAAAUCUGUAGAUAUUUUCAAGUGGGAAUAUUCUCAUCCCAUAGCUGAAGCCUGAAGAUAUAUAAUCAGGAAGGCCUUGUGUCAGUCUAAUUAGUAACAAACCCUCCCUGUCCCUAAACGCUUACUCGCCCACCACUCCAAGAAGAUGUCUGCGUUUGUUGGCAAAUAUGCAGAUGAGCUAAUGAGGACGGCCAAGUACAUCGCCACACCGGGGAAGGGCAUCCUGGCCGCCGACGAGAGCACGGGGACCAUCGGAAAGCGGCUAGCCAGCAUCAACGUGGAGAACAUCGAGUCCAACCGCCAAGCCCUCCGCGAGCUCCUCUUCACCUCUCCGGGAUCCCUCCCGUACCUCUCCGGCGUCAUCCUCUUCGAGGAAACCCUCUACCAGAAAACCACCGACGGGAAGCCCUUUGUGGACGUGCUCCAGCAGAACGGGGUGGUCCCCGGGAUAAAAGUGGACAAGGGCACCGUGGAGCUGGCCGGAACCGACGGAGAGACCACCACCCAGGGGUUCGACUCGCUGGGGGCGCGGUGCCAGCAGUACUACAAGGCCGGGGCGCGGUUCGCCAAGUGGCGGGCCGUGCUCAAGAUUGGGCCCAACGAGCCGUCCGAGCUUUCGAUCCAGCAGAAUGCUCAGGGCCUGGCCCGUUACGCCAUUAUCUGCCAGGAGAAUGGGCUGGUGCCAAUUGUGGAGCCCGAGAUACUAACCGAUGGGUCCCACGAUAUCAAGAAGUGCGCCGCCGCGACGGAGAUGGUGCUGGCGGCCGUGUACAAGGCGCUGAAUGAGCAGCAUGUGCUUCUCGAGGGAACUCUGCUUAAGCCUAACAUGGUCACUCCCGGCUCCGACAGCCCCAAGGUGACGGCAGAGGAGAUAGCAGAGUACACUGUGACGGCACUCCGCCGGACCGUCCCUCCUGCGGUUCCCGGAAUCGUGUUCUUGUCAGGAGGGCAGAGCGAGGAAGAGGCGACCAAGAACUUGAACGCCAUGAACAAGCUGCAAGUGCUGAAGCCGUGGACUCUUUCCUUCUCCUUCGGGCGAGCCUUGCAGCAGAGCACCCUCAAGACGUGGGGAGGGAAGAAGGAGAACGUGGAGAAAGCUCAGGCGGCCUUCCUGGAGAGGUGCAAGGCCAAUUCUGAUGCUACCCUCGGCAAGUACGCUGGUGGUUCCGCCGGUGGGUUGGCCUCCGAGAGCUUGUACGUCAAGGAGUACAAGUACUAAGACAACAAGUACAUGACCAAAACAAAAGGAAAAUAAUACCAGAAUGGGGGGACAGAUCAGCUGGUAAUAUGUUUGAUUAAUCGUCUUAAAUCACAAUCCUUUGCUUUUGCGCUUCUUAUGAUUCUCUUCUGCUCAAUCUCUCCUUUCUCUGUGUUACGUUGUUGAUUUUAUAUUAAUUGUUGUCAUGGAUGGUUACUGUACGUUUCUUUUGACUGAAAUUAUAUAAUGAUGAAUGACUGGUAUAUAAAUCUAUUUCUGUUUCUCUUA